AUGUGCUUAUGGCUGGCUUCACCAAUAUUUGCAACGAUACCUCUUUUGAAAUGUUUCUCCGAAGAUAUUAGCCUCCCUCGCAUGCCAGGAGUGACGAUUUUGUCGGUUGCGGCCGAGCGCCUCGAGAACUACUCCCUCAUUGCAGAAGUUGCGAACCCGGAAAGACACUACAACGUCACCCUCAACUUCUGCAAUGUCACAAUCAACUACGGCCACGAAGGUUGGAAGGACAACGUGCAGGUUACAGUGUGGCUCCCACUGGAAGGCUGGAACGGCCGACUCAGCGGUAUUGGCGGUUCUGGGCUGUCUUCACUUUGGACAUAUAACCGCUUUGCGCCCGCUGUGGCACGAGGUUAUGCUGCUGUUGGAACUGAUGCCGGUCAUGUCCGUAAUCCACUGGACGCGACUAGUUGGGCCCUUGACACAGCGGGAAAUGUUAACUUCUUCCUGCUGCAAAACUUUUUUGCCCUCUCCCAAAGCGAGGCAGCGGUUAUUGCGAAGAAUGUCAUCACAGACCUCUACGGCCAGGGGCCACGGUACUCCUACUGGGACGGUUGCUCGACGGGUGGCCGCCAGGGCCUUAUGUUGGCUCAGCGAUAUCCCACCGCUUACGAUGGGAUUCUUGCCGGAGCACCAGCCAUCAACUGGGCGACAUUCGUUCCAGCCAUGUAUUACCCGAAGUUUGUCAUGGACCAAAUGAGCCACCCGUUGUCGCAAUGCGCAUUUGACGCCAUUCGUAAUGCCACCGUUGAGGCGUGUGACAACCUAGACGGUGUUCUAGAUGGCAUCAUAUCUGCCCCAGACAAGUGUGAUUUUGACCCAUACUCGCUGGUGGGUAAAAGCUUUGAGUGUAGUGAGAAAGAAAUUACGAUCAGUACCAACGAUGCUGCUGUCGUGCAGAAGUUAUGGGAUGGUCCGAGACAGACAGAUGGGUCCUUCAUCUGGUACGGGAUGAGCAAAGGCACCCAGCUGAGGGGACUGGGAAAUUCCCCCUGCACAAUAGGGGAGUGUGCGAGUGUCCCUUUCCAAAUCGCCUCUGAUUGGAUCAAGCUGUUUGUCUUGCAGGACCCCAAGUUUGAUCUUUCUACUCUUACGCCGGAAGGGUUUGACGCAGUCAUGAACCUGUCCAUCAGUGCAUACCGAGCUAUUGCCAGUACCGACAAUCCGGACUUACAUGAGUUCCACCAAGCGGGCGGCAAGUUGCUGCACUGGCACGGCAUGGAUGACCAGCAAAUCUACGCAACUGGAUCAGAAGACUAUUACAAGCGCGUCGAGGCUCUUAAUCCUUCUGUGCGGGACUUCUAUCGCUUCUUCAUCGCUCCUGGUGUAGCACAUUGUGGCGGUGGCAACGGAUUCCUUCCCGAGGACCCAUUGUCGGCCUUGAUAGACUGGGUUGAAGAAGGCAUUGCUCCUGAUAUCCUUCCAGCAGCCACCGUCGAUGGUACCCACCGUCGCGACCUGUGUGUCUAUCCCCAGGUGCCUGUGUAUAAAAGCGGAAAUCCGGCCGAGGCUGCUUCCUUCAAGUGCCUUGAUGCUUACACGAGCGGGGAGGUGCAGGAUGAGCUAUAG